AUGUUUAUCAAAUUAGUACUUGCAAUUUUCCUUGCAAUUACUUCAAGUGCAUUUGCCAUUACUAAAAAAAAUGGAUUAAGUUACAUUUCAAUGCCUGUUCAUAAAAGAAGUGAUCUUGAAAAGCGCGAUUUGGUUCAAGGUACAACUGAGACUGAUCUUCCACAAUCAUUUUAUUAUACUACAAUUCAAGUUGGUUCUAAUAAAGAUGACGUUGCAUUAAUGGUUGACACGGGUUCUUGGGCUUCAAAUAUCUUAACUCCUAAUGUUACAUGUUCUCAUGGUAACUGUACUAAAUUUGGUAAUUAUGAUCCAACAAAGUCAACUUCAGCCAAAAUAAUUGGUACUUCUCAUAUAGAAAAUUUUGGAUAUAAUUAUAUAUAUACUGGUACUACAGUUAUUGAUGAUGUUUAUUUCAAUGGUGUUAAAAUUCCAAACUAUUUAUUUGCUAGUGUUUAUAAUAAUACUGCUUGGCCAGCGGGUCUCUUUGGUUUUUCAAAACCACCUAAAAGUGAAACAAACAUGUCAAUUUCAUGGGCUGCAAGAAAUGCAAAUUUGAUUAAUCAAGCUGCUUAUUCAAUGUAUUUAAGUACAAUUGAUGGUAAACCAGGUGGAAUUAUAUUAGGUGCUAUUGAUUAUGGUAAAAUUAAUGGAGACUUACAUUGGGCGAAUUUAACUGGACAUAACGUUGGUGGAUUUAUUGAUUCAUUUGAAAUCAAUGGUCAUAAUGUUUCAAUUGGUAGAGAUUUUACUGCGGGUAUGUAAAUAAAAAUGAAUUUCGAGAGUUACUAACGUUUAGACACUGGUGGUUCAUACUUCAAUUUAAAAGAAGCUGAAUAUGAACAAUUUUUAGAUUCAUUACCAAAUGAUCCUCAGAAUCCAAGAGGUUCAAAAACAAUAAAUUUUGAUUUAUUGAAAGGUAAAACUUCAAAAUUGAAAAUUAAUGGUGCAGUUUUAGAAUUCCCAUUAGAUGCAAUUAUUCAUCCUGGUGAUUCCGGUCCACAUGCAAGAAUUAUUGUUCGACAAAAUGAUCAAGUUCAAUUAGGUAGUUUCUUUUUUAGAUAUUUAUAUUUUGCUGUUAGUCUUGAAAAGGAAGCAAUUGGUUGGGGAGUUACAAAUGAUGGCUCAAAUUCAUUUUUAGGUUCAUUCCCAUCAUCAUAUCAUCUUUGA